AUGAUCGAGAGAGAUGCGAUUUUCGUUCCCGCUGGAUGGGAUGGCGAGAAGAAAAUUGAUAUCAUCAAGGUUUCUCAAAAAAUGAUUAUUCCUCAAAAGAAAAUAUUAAGGAAAGCGCCCCGGAUGCCGAUUCGGCCCUUGAGCCAACUCGGGACAAAGUGAAGGCUUCGAUUGCUCGAGAACCUCUUAUUGAAGCUGAAGAUGAACAGGUUGCUAAGCAUUUUAAAAGGAUUUUGUGAAAGAUUUUAAAAAAGUGUGGAAGAACGUCCCAGGGAAGUAAAUAGAAUAAUUAAGCAGUCGCAAGCUUCGGAUCUGGUAAAUUCUUACCAGGGAAUGGUCUCAGCUCACAGUGGGACUUCUGAAUGAGACCAAUUUUAUUAGAUGUAGUUUUUCACGCUGAUUCCAAAUCUGCUUUCAAAAGUUGCCCAAUACGUCUGUGAAAAAAGUUAUGGACCCUCAAAAGUCGAAAAUUUCAGUGUCUCCAAUUGAGCUGAUUUUUGGAGGGUAUGUAGAUCUUGUCCCUCUGGUCACGAAAAACCAUUGAACUUUUCUCGAAAAAGUUCCGCAGCCCAGAUAUGAUCUUUCAAAGCCCGGCGAACAUAAGAGAAUGCGCGCGCGGUGUGGUAUUGCUAGCCGGCGACCGUCGCAGCAACGGCAGCGAGGAGCAGUGGAAAGGCGGCGGACUGGGGAGCACGAGGUCAUAGGUUCGGUCCCCGUCCUCUGCAAAAUUUUUUUGCAAUUUUUUCUUUUUUGGAUAAUUUCGUCUAACUGCUCCUUUCUUGAGUUUUGAAGCGUAGAAACAUGAGAAAACUUCUUUUUGAACCUUUAUAAACAUCUGGACUUAUUUUUGUCAAAAGUUUUAUUCAUGAAAUUUUUCGUGAUUUUCCAUGUGUAUGAGCAUGGGUUGGAGUAUGAAAAUUUUUCAAAAAAUUUUUUUGUUUUUUUGUUUCAAAAGUUGACUGGUCCGAGUAAUCAUGACUACGCUGUCAAAACUCACAGAAAAAAAUUUUUUUCAUGGUUUUUUCAGACCUCAACGCGCACAUACGGCUCUAUGAGAAUGAAAGAAAUGCAAGUUUUUUUUUAGCUUUUUGCUGAAAAACUUGAAGCACUUCUUACUAGUUAUUAAAUUUUAAAGCUAGAACCGUAAUCUCCUGAAUAAAUUCUUUACAAUGAGAUUUUUUUGAAAGUUUACCUUCCAGUCAGACUUUGUCGAGAGUAAAAUUUCAGAAAAAAAUAUAACUUUUUAAGGCUUUAAUUUUUUUGAGCAUUGUCCUUCUUUUGAUUUUGGGACCAAACUUUUUUUCCGACAAAAGGCAAUCAUCGCGUAUAAAUCACUGUAACCUAAAAAGAUCUUUUUGGAAGUGAAAAACUUUUUCUGUGAGUUUUGACAGCGUAGUCAUGAUUACUUGGACCAGUCAACUUUUGAAAAACAAAAAAAUUUUUUUUUGAAAAAUUUUUCAUACUCCAACCCAUGCUCAUACACAUGGAAAAAUCACGAAAAAAAUUUCAUGAAUAAAAACUUUUUGACAAAAAAAUAAGUCCAGGUGUUUAUAAAGGUUCAAAAAGAAGUUUUCUCAUGUUUCUACGCUUCAAAACUCAAGAAAGGAGCAGUUAGACGAAAUUAACCAAAAAAGAAAAAAAUUGCAAAAAAUUUUGCAUAGGACGGGGACCGAACCUAUGACCUCGUGCUCCCCAGUCCGCCGCCUUUCCACUGCUCCUCGCUGCCGUUGCUUCGACGGUCGCCGGCUAGCAAUACCACACCGCGCGCGCAUUCUCUUAUGUUCGGCGGGGCUUUGAAAGAUCAUAUCUGGGCUGCGAAAUUUUUUUGAAAAAAGUUCAAUGGUUUUUCGUGACCAGAGGGACAAGAUCUACAUACCCUCCAAAAAUCAGCUCAAUUGAAGACACUGAAGUUUUCGACUUUUGAGGGUCCAUAACUUUUUUCACAGACGUAUUGGGCAACUUUUGAAAGCAGAUUUGGAAUCAGCGUGAAAAACUACAUCUAAUAAAAUUGGUCUCAUUCAGAAGUCCCGCUGUGAGCUGAGACCAUUCCCUGGUUAAUGAAAUUGAAUUCUUCUGAAUUUUCUGAAUUUUUUCCUGAUUAUGACUUUCGAUUUCAGAAAUUUUUUUUUUGUGGCAAACAUGAGUUGAGAUAAUAAUCUAAUAAAGUCACUGAACAGUCGAAAUUAAGCGACCCAAGAAGAACGGGUUGAGAAGUUCAUUUAAAUGAGAAUUUGAAAUGAAAAAAAUGAAAUUUAUUUUUAAUUUACAAAUGGAUAUUAGCAAAUAAAAAAAUUAGGAAAUUUAUGAGUUCGUCCUUUUCGAUUUUUUCAAAAGUACAUUGUUUCUGAUUUUUUUAAUUUUGAAAAGAGGUAUUUUUUUAACGAUUCAAGAUAUCAUUGAAAAAAAGGCUCUUUUUUUCUUCAAAUAUAUUUUUAAACUUUUUUUCCAUGCGUAAAUUUUCGGGUGGACUAGGUAAGCUUAGAAUUUUAACUUCAAAUUUUUAGUUGAUCCGGGAAGUACGAAGCGUGCAAUGACUGUUCUCUUUAGGUCUUAAAAGAAAUUAAAAAAUUAUUCCCAGAAGUUCCUGCAACGAUUAGCGGCGGCAGAAGCGAGCGCCCCACCGCCGGCCGUGAAAAAGCCUCCGACAGAGGAACCGACGGACAAAGACAGCCCCCUGGCGAAUUUCUUCUCCAAUCUACUCAAGGUUUCGAUUUCGAUUCACUCGCAGAGCUCGUUUAAACCAAAAACAGACUCAGAUGAGUCGCGACAAGGCUCUUCUGGAACAUUCAGCGACGUUAGGGUUGUCGUUUACUUUUUAUCCUCGGAAUAUUGUCCAGCCGUCUUUCUAUUUCUCUCUCGUUUUCUUGGCUCUGUCGCGCAUGAAACUUUGGACUGACUGCUGAUUUACGUGUUUUUAGUGUAUUCAUUGCUGGCUGAGGACAGAAUUCACUCAUUUUUUAUGAUCACGAUGAACUAAUUUGUUACGAAAAGCUCACUUUUGUAGGCAUUUGAUGAUAAAAUUUUCUCAGAUUAGACGAGAGAAAAUUGGAAGAAAAAUUUCAAUCAUUUAAAAUCUCAGAUUUCAUGAAUUUUGAAAUUGCAUUUAUCCAGCUUUUAUGUGAACUGGAUUAGUUUUGCAUAUGAAAACGUGAGAGAAAGUCAGUAUUUUGGCUUUUUUCAAUUUUAUGAUCAUAUUUUUGUUAAAGAGCUGGCUCAAGCGAGAAAAGAAAGCAACUUUAAUAUUUUUUUUGUCGUUAGAAAUUUUUAAAUGAACUGAAAAACAACUUUUAUUAACCUUUAAUGUGUCGCAAAAGAAUAUUUCUAUAAAUGCGCUUGGAAAUAGUGCGAAGUUAAGGCCGAGAAAUAUAAUUUGUUCUUAACAGCUUCUUAGAAACUUUUUGAAGGAGCAUAUAAAGAUGUUCGGAAAGAUCUCGAUACGAUGAGCAAAUCCUGAUGCUUUUUAAAGAUUUUUAGAAUUUUAGAGUGGGCAGGCUCAGCCUUAAUUAGCACCCCCAAAAUCAUUUCCAUUUUUUUUUCGAAAUGAAAAGCUAUAAAAAGUGCAUAUCGUUCCUUGCAUUCCUUCACCCCCAGUCAGCAGCGAAUACACCCUAUCGAAGCUUUGUGAACCAUUUAUCGCCUUAUCGCAUAGAUUACUGUAGUUGAAGAAAAAUUACGGUCGAAAUGGUUGUAGGACAAGCCCGCUGGCGGUAAGACAAUCGCGCCGCCCACCGCCGACACGGCCGCCCAACUCGACCGGAUUCUGAAGAGCGCCGCCUCGUCGACCGCCAAAUCAGAAGACGUCGACGCCUAA